AAAAACAAUUGCAGCCACUCCCUCUCUUCCACAUUCCCCUACUCCGGGACGCUGCUCUCCCCUCUUCUCCCUUUCUUCUCUCCCUAUUUCUUAUCUUCAUAAUCUUUUCGUUUUCUUUCUUCUACACUCCCAUCUAUCAAAUUCAUCUUCAUACGAUUUCUACAUAACUUGCCUCUACCAGAAAACAUAUGAAUAAUGAUGAAGUUCCUCCAAAUGCUUCAAUAUUUUGUCCCUCACUUGUUAGAAAUUAUGUUAGGAAGCAUGAUCUUUUUUCUGAAGCCAACAAGAGUCCACCUCCACGGAGCAAAAUGGGCUUUCUUGCAUCAGGUUUUCAAGAAACAUUCAGAUUGUUGUUUUCGCCUUAAUCCUCCUCACCUCCAUGACUGCUGUCAUGGUUUCCUCCUUCCAGUUUGAAGUCGGAGGCAAGAAUGGUUGGACCAAACCCACUGAAAAUGAGUCUGAGACUUAUAACGAAUGGGCUGUUCAGAAUCGCUUUCGAAUUGGAGGCACCCUCUUUUUCAAGUACAAAAAUGACUCUGUGGAGGAAGUUAGCGCUUCUAACCACUUCACUUGCAAUGUUUUGAAUCCGAUGGUCAAGUUCAGCGAUAUGAUGGAGAGACGGUUUUCCCGAUCAGGCGGUCGGGGUUGUUUUAUUCCAUUAGCGGGCGUCUUAGUCAUUGCAGAGCCGGCCAGAAAUUGACCAUCCGUGUGUUGCACCCUACUGAGGCCACGGUUGUGUCUGCACCAUAACCUGCAGCUUCCUCACUAGUAGAGAGUGGGCAUGAAUGGAAUUCUCACAGUAUGGGACACAAUUCAACCUCCUACUUCAUUACUGCUCCUGGAAGAGUUAUGGUGUUGCUCUAUUUGCUCGUGUAGAGACAGUGUCUGACCAUGUGGUCAAAUUUAGGUUCAGUUUUGUUGGUGUUGAUUUAAUGAUUUCUUUACCUUGUUUUUGAGAUUUUAUGUAGUAGCACUUUGGAUUUAUAAAAAAAACAAUUGAAAAAGUGUAGUAGCUAGAUUUAUAGUACUUGACUUUGUUUCAGUUGAUGUAUGUAUUAGUUGGUUACAUGUAAAUAAAAUGUAUUGAAUAGUAAGUAUAUCAGUUAGUUUCUCGUACGUUUUAAGUGUGGCUUCUAAGUUGAUUAGAAAAUAUUGGUGCUCAUUGUAACAGAAUAUAUGUAUGAGGA